AUGGCUCUUCCUCGUCGAGAUGUUCAGUUCAAAGCUCGCGAUGGGACCUUGCUUCGUGGUUGGUUUUAUCCGCAACGCAGCACGUCUCCGUGCGUGAUCAUGACACACGGGCUGGGUGGUGUUCGGCAUUAUUGGCUUCCGGCCUUUGCUGAUCGCUUCCAUCAUGCUGGCUAUAAUGUAUUACUUUAUGACAAUCGGAACUGGGGAGAUAGUGAUGGCCUGCCUCGUCAAGAAUCAAACCCACCCCUUCAGCAAGCCGACUACUAUGACGCCUUCAAUUUUGUUACUACAUUCUCCAGUGUGGAUGCUUCUUGCAUUGUAUAUUGGGGGACCAGCUUUUCGGGUGGAAAUGUCUUGUACGCUGCUGCUGUGGAUAAGCGCAUCAAGGCUGCCAUUGUGCAAUGUCCAGCUGUUUCUGGGGAGACACGAUCCUUGGCAUUCAAGGACCGGAUCUCAACACUUUUGGAUAAUCGCACUUAUGACGCCACUGGUACCUAUACCGAGCCAGAGAGGAUUCCUCUUAUUGCAGAUACCACGGAGGAAGCUCAAGCAGGGGCAUCAAACGUGAUGUUCCCCGGCGUUCAUGCUUAUGAAAAUGUGCGGGGCUCAUACAACUGCGGUGCGACAUGGGAGAACUCCAUCACUACUCAGACGCAGCUUUUUAUGCUAUCAUUUGAAGGCCAGGCAAUGGUACACCGUAUUUCGCCAACUCCACUCCUGAUGGUUAUUCCGGGAAAUGAUACCCUUGUCACUACGUCAUCGCAAUUGGCCACUUAUGGCAAAGCAAGGGAACCGAAGCAGAUGCUUUACCUUGAUGGGGCAGGCCAUUUUGAUAUUUACACUGGAGCCUGGUUCGAAAAGAACAUUGCGGCGCAACUUGAAUUUUUGAAGAGACACGUCGGCCUAUCCAAGAAUGUCUGA